AUGGGUGACUGGAGCUUUCUAGGGCGGCUGCUGGAGAAUGCUCAAGAACACUCCACUGUGAUUGGAAAGGUUUGGCUGACUGUCCUCUUCAUCUUUCGCAUCUUGGUGCUGGGUGCAGCAGCUGAAGAAGUCUGGGGAGACGAGCAGUCAGACUUCACCUGUAACACGCAACAACCCGGUUGCGAGAACGUCUGCUAUGACGAGGCCUUCCCCAUCUCCCACAUCCGCUUCUGGGUGCUGCAGAUCAUCUUCGUCUCAACGCCAACCCUUAUCUACCUGGGCCAUGUGCUGCACAUUGUCCGCAUGGAGGAGAAGAGGCGGGAGAGGGAGGAGGAGCUCAGAAAGGCCGGACGGCACCGGGAAGUCCAUGACCCCCUCUAUCACAGCGGAGUUGGGGAGGUAGGAGCAGGAGCUGGGAAAAAAGGGAAGCCACCAAUUCGUGAUGAGCAUGGGAAGAUCCGGAUCCGUGGGGCUUUACUGAGGACCUACAUCUUCAACAUCAUCUUCAAGACUCUGUUUGAGGUGGGCUUCAUCCUGGGACAGUACUUCCUCUAUGGCUUCCACCUGAGGCCGCUCUAUAAAUGUGGUCGCUGGCCCUGCCCCAAUAUUGUGGACUGCUUCAUCUCCAGGCCCACUGAAAAGACAAUCUUCAUUAUCUUCAUGCUGGCAGUUGCCUGUGUCUCUCUGGUCCUCAACCUGCUAGAGAUCUACCACCUGGGCUGGAAGAAAGUCAAGCAGGGGGUCACCAAUGAAUUUGUACCCGACAGUGAGUCGCUGAUGCUGAGUGCAGACGAGCCCGGAGAUUCAGAGACGAUUCCUGAGCAGACCUCUCCGUCGGUGCUCGACUGUUUGCCAGCCUAUGCGAGUGUGAACGUGGUGGGAGGUAGAGCAGCUGAGGGAAGAGCCUACAGACCAACAGAAGCACCCCCCAGAGUUAUCUCUUUAACCCCUAACAUGGCCACCACCCCUGUGCCCACUGAGCUCAAGCUGGAUCGCACAGCAUUCCACCCAAACAACUUCUUGUUGGAGACCCUACCUCCUUCCUUUUAUGGCGGUGGUGACAAAGUGAGUGUUGGAAGCCACGGGCAGCUGACUGCAAUGGAGCAGAACUGGAACAACAUGGCGCUGGAGCUCCAUAACAUGAGUGGAAAAAACUCCGCGUCCUCCUACCCUCCUCCUCUUCCCUCUCCUCCCACCUCCGCCUCCUCCUCUCGGGAAGAGACGACUCCAAUCCCUCCACAAGAGGAGCAACAGUCAAUGUUUCCGACACUUCCUCGUAACACCCCUCUUUCCCGCCUCACGCCAGAGGAGACAGCGGUGGAUGAGGAAAACAAUGUCACCACAGCACCUUGUAUGGUUCCACAUGAUGACUUCACCAUGGUCACCAUGGCGGAGAUGCAUCAGCCUCCAUCUCCCGCUGCGACAGACAUCCCCAAGCCAAGUCGGGCCAGCAAGAGCAACAGUGUCCGAGCUCGCCCUGAUGACCUGGCAGUGUAG